AUCUGUUCGCUGAUCAUUGGUGUGCCAAGUCCCCGAACGACAACAUGGUAAAGUUAACAUUGUACGGAAUUGAAAUUAGCCCACCAGUGCGAGCUGUGAAGCUGACGCUGGCUGCCUUGAACCUGCCCUACGACUUUGUGAAAGUCGAUCUCAUGGGCCGCGCACAUAUUUUACCCGACUUUUUGAAGAAGAAUCCACAGCACACGGUGCCCACUUUGGAGGAUGACGGCCACUACCUUUGGGACUCGCACGCAAUUAUUGCCUACCUGGUGUCCAAAUAUGCCGACAGUGACAGUUUGUACCCCAAGGACUUGUUGCAACGGGCCGUGGUCGAUCAGCGUCUACAUUUUGAGAGCGGAGUGGUCUUUGCCGAUGGCCUGAGGAGCAUCUCAAAGCCUGUGUUGUUCUUAAAUCAGAAAGUGGUGCCCAAAGAACGAAAGCAAGCCAUUAUCGAGAUCUACGACUUCGUGGAAACUUUCCUAAAGGACCAGGACUACAUUGCGGGAAAUCAGCUGACCAUCGCGGACUUUAGCCUUAUUUCAACCAUCACCUCGCUGGAUGUUUUAGUGACUAUCGAUCACGCUAAAUAUGCGAGAGUUAGUGCCUGGAUCAAACGGCUGAAGGAACUCCCUUACUACGAGGAGGCCAAUGGCAAGGGUAUUAAGGAAUUGAUACCCAUGUUCAAGAAGACAAAUUUCACCUUCGCGUCCGAUUAAUAUAUUACUUAUAUGCUUCUGUAUUCGAAUCAUAAAUAAAUUAAGAGACAAAUUAUUUCGAA